AUGAAGGAUAUCUUAAACGUGAGGAGUUUGGUUAACACACACCAAACAGUGUGGAAUGCUAUGUGUCUUAAAGGAAAGUUUUCAUGUGGGAUCUUCUAUCAAGCAUGCAGUGCUGGGAACCGCUUGCCUUGGAGCAGUGUUUGUAUGCGGAACUUAGCAAGACCGUGUGCAGUUUUCAUAUUCUGGCUUCUUUGCCACCGCAGACUGACCACGAGAAGUAGACUUCAUCGCCUUGGAUUCAUUAGUCAAACUGUGUGUGUUUUCUGUGACAAGGAAGAAACGGACAACCAUCUCUUCUUUGAUUGUGAGGAAACAAAAGGAAUCUGGAGUCCUAUCCUACACUGGCUGCAAGUAGCGCAUAGCCCGAACCAAUGGGAUGAUGACUAUGACUGGAUUAUCAAAAUGGGGAAUAGAAAAGGCUGGAGAGCAAAGCUGUUUAAGUUGGCCAUUGUGGAAACUGUAUAUGGUGUUUGGCAGCAUAGGAAUAGAGCAGUGUUUGGUAAGAGGUGCAACCAAACUCAAACCAUCAAAGAGAUCAUGGAGAAAAUUGUAUUUAGGGGCUGGUUUUGUAGAAAACUCAAACCUCAUGUAGCAUCCCUCAUGGUUUUCUAG